AUGGCCCCGCCCGCCAAACGAAGAAGGCGCAACGUCGUCGAGUCCGACGAUGAAGACGAUGAACAGCCAAAGACGAAUACCCUCACGAACUUCCUCCUUUCGUCGCCCUCGAAAUCGGACAGCCGGGGCGCUACAGUAUCCCCGAGUCCGACGAAAUCGAAGCCCAAUGCCGCCUACAAUAGUCGAGCUGUUGCGACCCCCGCCGUCCUCCAGUCACGAAACGGGCAAUUGAGUAAAGGCACAAAGAGCCCGAGCACGAGCCCCGAAAAGUUUAAGGGGAAACCACAGAAGCGUGUCAAAGUGGAAGACAAGGGCCGGAAUGGCAACCUCAUGACACUGUUUUCCAAGCAGGCGUCAAAGACCAGCGCAAAGCCAGCCGCCUCUUCGAGGACAGUGCCUCUCGACGACAUCGUGAGCGACCCGAUCUCUGAGGAGGACGAUGUUACGGAACAGAAAGCUAGCACGUCGAGCAUCGUCGGUCAAAAUGCACGGAAAAGGUUUCGAGACAGCACGCCAGUCUCUUCGUCGACAACUGUUGGCUCGAGCCAAAAGUUCCUCAAACCUCCCCGUCCGGCGAGGCCGGCAGCUCUCGACGACGAUUUGCGACCCUGGUCGGAACGUUUUGGUCCACUCAACUUGGACGAGCUGGCCGUACACAAGAGGAAGGUCGCUGAUGUGAGGAAGUGGCUGGAGGAUGUCGUCGCCGGGCGGUUACGCCAACGUCUGCUUCUCCUCAAAGGUGCCGCGGGUUCGGGAAAAACAACUGCCAUGAGACUGUUGGCGAAGGACAUGGGCUAUGAGCUUCUGGAGUGGAGGAACCCAACGAACACUCUCGGCGCACAUCUCGGGUAUACAUCUGCUUCCGCUCAGUUUCAAGAAUUCAUGAGCAGAGGCGGAAAGUUUGGGCAGCUCGACACAGAUAUGCCAACCGAUGCACUACGUCCAGCCAACGAAAAGUCCGACUCUGCAGGGAAGAUCAUUCUUAUAGAAGAGUUCCCCAAUACCUUUUCAAGGUCAUCGACUGCCCUGACAUCAUUUCGGAAUACACUUAUAGAAUAUUUGGCGGCGAACACACCCUCACUGACGACCUUUGGGCGACGGUCAACCAGCGAACCCAUUACCCCUGUUGUGCUGAUCAUCUCGGAAACACUGUUGACCACGACAUCGGCCUCAGCAGACAGCUUCACAGCUCAUCGACUGCUGGGCCCCGAGAUUUUGCGGCACCCCGGAACACGCGUUAUAGAGUUCAACACCAUUGCGCCCACUCUGCUAGCGAAGGCCCUAGAAUUAGUCGUGCUGAAAGAGGCACGCAAGUCUGGGAGGAAGCGCACUCCGGGCCCUCAGGUACUGAAGCGCCUAGGCGAAAUUGGGGACAUCCGCAGCGCGAUAUCAUCUUUGGAGUUCAUGUGCUUGAAAGGCGAUCAAGAUGCGGAUUGGGGAGCCAAGGUCGCUUUGUCGAAGCAAUCAAAGGGCGCCAAGGCGGGCAUUUCUCUCACCAAGGGGGAAGAAGAGACUUUGGAGCUGAUAUCCCAACGAGAAGCCAGUCUUGGCAUCUUCCAUGCUGUCGGGAAAGUAGUUUACAACAAGAGGGAGGAGACACCCUCAACAGCAAACUCGGCAGAGCAUUUGCCCAGCUAUAUCGCCCAUCAUUCGCGGCCGAAGCCAUCGGAGGUCUCUGUCGACACGUUGAUGGACGAAACCGGCACGGAUACGCAGACCUUCAUCUCUGCUCUUCACGAGAACUACAUGUUCUCUUGCGAGACCGUGCCACCUUUUGACGCCUCGACGCCGCUGGAUUACGUGAACGGAUGUAUAGAAUACCUCUCGGAGAGCGACUUGCUUCUUCCAUCCUGGGACAGCUUCUUUGGUGGCAGAGGCUCAUCUGCUAGCUUCGGCAAGGACUCGGGCAGCCACGUGCUUCGACAGGACGAGAUUGCCUUCCAGGUUGCCGUCCGCGGGAUGCUGUUCUCUCUGCCGUCCCCGGUCAAACGCAAAGCAUCGACUGGUGCAAAGGGCGCAGACGCAUUCAAGAUGUUCUAUCCGACCAGCAUCAAGUUGUGGCGGACAAAGGAAGAGUUUGAAGCUCUUGUGGACGUCUGGUCUACGAAGCUCAUGAAAGGAGAGGAGACGGCGCCGCGCAAAAGUCUCACCGAGGGAGCCAGCGCGUUCCGUCGGCCCAAGCAAACGGACGUGGGCAACUGGAUGGCUAACCACCAAUCCAAGCCCAAGCCGGCCAACGAAAACGCAAAGACUGAUGCCAAUGCCGCGCCGCUGCUUUCUUUGGGGAGCGCAGCCCGGAGGGAGAUGCUGCUUGAACGUCUACCGUACAUGGCCUCCAUCGUCCGCGGACGCCGGUCAACAUUGCACUCUUUCAAGCUCAAGGACCUCGAAAAGGUUGUUUCAUUCCAAGGCAUCGGCCCACAGACGGGUGACGAUGAUGACCAAGCUGAAGAUGCGCCGGAGGAUGGAGUCAUGACGGGCGAUGCGUGGGCUACAGACAAGCCGUCAGAAGAGGCCUCGCCGCGGAAGAAGAGCUCGGCCAUUCGACAUGCAGGAGAUGGGUCGGUGGCUGGUCUGCGUGUGCAGAGCCUGGUGAUCAGCGAUGACGAUAUCGAGGACGAUUAG